AUGGCAGUAGUACAGGCAAUCUCAAUCUCCCUAGCGAUGGUUUAUGCGACUAUUGCAGUGGCUUUGUUAACCGUUCUAUUCUACAUCGGAAGAUUUCUCUUUCAUAAGAACUGCCCUUCUCCCUUAAAGCCAUCUCCGCCUGUAGAUGUUUUUGGGGAAUCCUUGCAUGCAGAGGUUCCAGGGGUGCCUUUGAUCGGGAAUUUGCUGCAGCUGAAGGAGAAAAAGCCACACCAGACGUUCGCUAAGUGGGCUGAGAUUUAUGGAUCGAUUUACUCGAUUAAGACCGGAGCCUCGAAGAUGGUUGUUAUCAAUUCUGCAGAUGUUGCCAAAGAGGCCAUGGUGACAAAUUUCUCAUCCAUCUCCACAAGGAAGCUUUCAAAUGCAUUGAAGAUACUCACCUAUGAUAAAUGUAUGGUUGCCACAAGUGAUUAUGAUGAUUUCCACAAGACGGUGAAGCGGCAUGUACUCACAAGUGUCUUGGGAGCAAAUGCUCAGAAGCGACACCGUUCUCACAGAGACAUUAUGAUAAAGAAUGCAUUGAACCGCUUCCGUGCUCAUGCCAACAACAAUCCUCAUCAAGCUGUAAACUUUAGAAAUAUAUUCAGAGAUGAACUCUUUGGAUUAUCAUUGAAAGAAGCUUUGGGUAUGGAUGUGGAAUCCUCCAUUUAUGUUGAGGAUCUUGGUAUGAGACUGUCACGAGAGGAGAUUUUUGAGGUGUUGGUGCAUGAUCCAAUGAUGGGUGCAAUUGAGGUGGAUUGGAGGGACUUCUUCCCAUAUCUUAGAUGGAUUCCUAAUAAGAGUGUGGAAACAAAAAUCAAGAGAAUGGAUGCACGUAGAGCAGCAGUGAUGAAGGCCCUUAUUGAGGAGCAGAAGAAACGGGUUGCUCUGGGACAGGAAAUGAACUGCUAUCUUGACUACCUGUUAUCAGAAGCAAAAACACUUACAGAGAAACAACUAAUGAUGUUGUUAUGGGAAGUAAUUAUUGAGUCUUCGGAUACAACUAUGGUUGCAGCAGAAUGGGCCCUCUAUGAACUUGCCAAAGAUGCAGAUAGUCAGGAUUAUCUCUAUCGGGAGAUUCAAAAAAUUUGUGGAUCUAAUGAAGUUACUGAGGAACAUUUGUCGCAAUUACCAUUUUUAAAUGCUGUUUUCCAUGAAACACUGAGAAAGUACAGUCCGGCUCCUAUUGUUCCCAUACGAUAUGUACAUGAAGAUACCAGACUUGGAGGGUUUCACAUCCCUGCUGGAACUCAGAUUGCAAUCAACCUCUAUGGGUGUAACAUGGAUAGGAGACAAUGGGAUGAGCCUGAAAAGUGGAAGCCUGAGAGGUUUCUUGAUAGCAAGUAUGAUCCAACAGAUUUGUACAAGACAAUGGCAUUUGGAGGAGGUAAGAGAGUGUGUGCAGGUGCUCUGCAGGCAAUGUUGAUUGCUUGCACAGCUAUUGGUAGAUUUGUGCAGGAGUUUGAGUGGAAACUCAAAGAAUCGGAGGAAGAGGACGUCGACACAUUCGGGCUCACCUCCAUCAAAUUUAAUCCAUUGCAUGUUACAAUAACACCUAGAGAAAAAUAAGUGAUGCAACCAAACUGCUAUGGUUUCUUUUAAUAAAUAGGGGAUGGUAGAACUUGUGGUUGAA